GCUCCACCGGAAAGCGCGUCAUGGUGCACAAGCGGCCGCUGGACGCCGUCGGGCAGGCAUCCCCGAGGAAGCGGCUGCGGCGGACGGUGCUUGUCAUGAUGUGGCUGGACAGGAGCAGGGCGAGGGCGGCCACGGUCGAGCAGAUGGCGCAGAUGGUUCGCCAGGUUCAGCUCGAUAUGGCGAAACUGUUUGUACUUCUGAUGGUGCUCCUGCUGCGGAUUGGGUCCAUGGAGAGCCUGCUCCUCCAGCUCCCCAACAUGCUACGGGCAUUAUUGGCGGAUCAGUUGGCUGAUUUUCACAGGACUUCUAUGGUAUCCAUGGAAGAUAUGAUCCGGUCAGUUCGCCAGACAGAGAUGCAGCAACCACAAGCAGCUGCGCCUCCUAAUGGUGUUUGUCAGCCUUCAAGCUCAAGGGCGAUAUCGGAAGGUCUUCCUGAAACUGGAAGCAGCUCUGGAGUAGUCAGUCUACGGUUUGUAGAUGCUGACAGACCAAAAGAUCCACUUUUCACUGGUGGUCCAGUAAAAUGGCAGAAUGGAGGAAGCCCUAAGGUAGCAAUAUUUCGAAAUCAGAAGAAAAUCACAGGAGGUGAUCUUUCUAAAUUACAAAUUGAGAUUUUACCAGUCUAUGCUGAUUUUUUUACUGAGCGGGGACACCAGGAUUUUACCAAAGAGGAAUUCAACAACCAGAUACAUAGGUAUAAAGGGAAUGAGGUAGUCUUGACAACUGUUAAUCUCAGGAAUGGUGAGGCUGAUCUUGGUUCCAUCAUCUUUAAAGAUAGCUCCCACAGGCAAAAGUUAAGAUUGACAGCAAGAGUCAAAAGGCAGGAUCUUACGGUCAGAGUUCAAGAAGCAAUCACUGAUCCCUUCGUUGUCAAAGACCGCCGCAGUGAAUUAAACGCAAAGAGUAAUGUUCCAUCUAAGGGAGAUGCAAUACAUCAAUUGAAGAAAAUUUCCCAAAAGGGCAAACAUUGGAUUGCCCUUACGGGGAAAAAUAUCACUACUGUGAAGCACUUGUUGCGUGAGUAUAACAAAGAUAAAUCUGGUCUACAAAAGCUUACUGGCAUGAAGAAAGAGGCUUGGAGCACCAUGAUUAAUCAUGCCACCAGGUGUGAUCCUGGGGACGAGAUCUAUUCUUAUAGAGUCGCAGAGGGUGAACUCUUCUUCAAUGAUUUCUAUUAUCUUGUUGGUAUGAUGAUAAAUGGAUUAUAUGUUCCCAUCAAAGACCUUGAUCAGUUUCCGCAGCAUAAAGUGAACAACUGGAAAAUAUCGGCGUGCGAGAAAUUUGAGGAGCGAGAGAACUCAGGGGGUCUUAUUCCUGACUAUGUGAUGUGCAAGUUCAAUGGUGGCCCGAUGAUCAAUGGCCUCCCUGUCUGUGCAGUCCCUCUGAACAAAGAUGCAGGUCCUUCUGUACGAGCUACAACAACAUGGCCAUAUCCUAAUAAUAUGGCUGCACAAAAGGGUGUAGGUCUAACUGGCCAACAGAAUGGAUACUUAAGCUCCUCCACGACUGAUACUCCUGGUACUUCUUGUCCUGUAAAAGAACUUGGUCAGCAUGAUCCUUCUAUGCCACAACAUGGAACUCCUUACUAUCCAACUCAGGAAAAUUUCUUGAAUGGUCAGGGACCAUUCUCAGGACAGCCAACUGUUCCUUCCCAGAAUUUUGUUUCAGUUUCAGAGGACGACUUGAUUCCAGGUGCAAGUCUGAUUGGCAAACAGAAUGGAUCCUUAAACUCCUUGAUAACUGAUGCUCCUGAACUUGGUCAGCACCAUGCUUGUACGUCACAGAAUGAAACUCCUUGCUACCCGAUGCAGAGAAAUAUAUUAAAUGAUCAGGGACCAUUCUCAGGACAGCCAACUAUUCCAUCCCACAGUGCUUUGCCGGUUCGAGAGGAGGGCUUGAUCGCAGGCACAAGUCCAACUGACCAACAGAAUGGGUACUUAAGCUCCUUGAUGACUGAUGCUCCUGGUACUUCUUGUCCUGUAACAGAUGGACAUAGUCAGGGAACCUCUUCAUUUAACCAUGCGACAGAUGACAUCUGGAGUGUGUUAUCUCCAAUUCAAGAACUUAUGGCAGACCAGAGCUUUGUGGCAGCUAUCAACGCGGAAUUGCCGAAUUCGAACAACCAAUUUGAUGGUUAUGAACAUGAUGUGGCAACUAGUGAUUGAACUUGGGGCACUUGAAGAGGCUUUCCUCUACAAGACUGAAGUGUUCAUUUAUUUCGUAAAUAUCAAUUGUGUUGUAAGUGAUGGUUAUGAACACGAUGGUGCCAACCAGUGAUUGAACUUGGCGCACUGGAACAGGCUUUUCUCUACUAGACUCAAGUCUUCAAUCAAUUGUGUUGUAACUAGCAACCGUUUUUUCACACUUCUCCAUGUAUGCUAAAUUUUCUACUGGCUGUGCUAGACAUUUGGCUUGUAUUCUACCGAAAAUCAUUCAGAGAAGGAGAACACAUGGCUUAACUGUAUAUAGAAUACUGAGAGCAAAUAUUCUGAACCUUGUCUAAUCC